GUGCAAGUGUUUAGAUGUCUCGUGUUUGCAAUUUUCUUCUGCCAUUGCAAAUAAAUUUUUUCCUUCAAUGUUUAGUGACAGACUGCUCCACAGUUUGCUUUCAGGUGCAGUGAAGGACUUCUGAUGUUAAUACGCGUUGCUGAAUGAGUCAUGUGACGGCGACAUGAUCGGAGAUUAGAGACGGUCAACAAGACGAGAAAGAAAGGGCAUCCUGACCUAUUUUGUGCAUGUAGAAGUGGAUCCAUGGGUGUCCUGCGGGUCCUGUCGGUCACCAUGGGAAGGAUCAGCACUUUUAGGUCCUAUCAGAUCAUGCUGCUUCUUGCCGCAGCCUUGGCGGUGGUGGCGUUCUACUACUUUGGCUCCGAAAAGCAGAACUUCUCCAGCACCACAAAGCGGAUCAAGGAAACACAAGCGAGCCACAACACCAACCGCGAUGAUGCUGAUCUUUCCAUAGACAUCCGGUCCGGACGUCCAGAAAGCAGAACUGGAGAUGACCUGGAGGGAAAGCUGUCACGCUUUCAUGCUCUCAUGAUGUUCACCAAGGUUGACAAGAGCUUGACCCUUCAGCAGAAGUUUCAGGUGGUCAUGCGCUCCAUGGCCAAACAUGGACGGUUCUUGGAGGAUGAGAUGCUGGUUCUCCACUACGUCUCUGAUGCGGGCAGUCAGGAGCUGGGGGAGAAGAUGCUUCCUGAACUUCUGCUGGAUGCAACCUUCCUGUACAAGGUGGUGUUUCACAAUGUAGAAGCCCUUACAGAGAAAUUAUUCCCCAUCGUGGAAGCCAUGCAGAAGCACUUCAGUGCAGGAUCCGGCGCGUACUACAGCGAUGCCAUCUUCUUCCUGUCGGUGGCCAUGCAUCGCAUCAUGCCUGCAGAACUGAAACACAUUGUUCAGUUGGACCUGGACCUCAAAUUCAGAAGCAACGUCAGAGACCUCUUCCAAGAGUUUAACCAUUUCCCUUCUAAGGCCGUCAUUGGAAUUGCACGUGAAAUGCAGCCAGUUUACAGGCACACAUUCUGGCAGUACCGCAAAGAGAAUCCCAAGUCCCAUGUAGGCGACCCUCCACCAGACGGUCUGCCCGGCUUCAACAGCGGCGUAAUGCUUCUGAACCUCGAAGCCAUGCGUCGCUCGACCUUAUACAACCAGCUUCUGGAUCCCGGGCGGAUUGCCCAGCUCGCUGAGAAAUACCACUUCCGAGGGCAUCUGGGCGAUCAGGAUUUCUUCACCAUGAUCGGGAUGGAGCACAGGGAACUGUUUUACCCACUUUCAUGUGGCUGGAACCGACAGCUUUGCACUUGGUGGAGGGAACAUGGGUACGGUGACGUCUUCCAGCUGUACUAUCACUGCGAUGGCCCGGUGCACAUCUACCACGGCAAUUGCAACACUCCUAUACCUGAUGAUUGAGGGUUUUCGAAUGCUACAUUUUUGAUUAAACUCGAGUUUUGUUUGCACAUCUUGAACAAACAAUUUAAAAUCAAGUGGACCGAGGCAGAAGUGACUCGUCGUUAGAGGUGCUAAUAGGGUAGCAUUCCCAUGCCUUCCACAUUUACACUAUAUGCUCCAGCCAUUACCACAUUAUUCAUUCAUUUAACACGCUUGAGGCUGUUGAUGCCUGUCCAAAGUUGCUGAAAGAGAUGGUUUAAAUACUGGUUCUUUUUCUUUUUUUAAAUUAUAUAGUACAGCUUUGACUCACUCUCAGUAGUUUCCUCAAUCAGGUGUCUCAUCGAAAUCCUCUUAGACAGCAGGUUGGGAAGGAGCCAAUCAGAGCGCACUUUUCCUUACCUCAAUGCCACUCUGUAUUAUUUAAAGGUACAGUAGCUCUCUUGCAGUCACAUUAAGGUACCAGUUAUGUCCAUAAAGCAC